UUCAGAUCGGGGAUUCAAACGUGAACGGGCAUGCUUCAGUCGAGGAUGAGCGCGCUAGACGUUCACUCAGGAGCCGGGCGGGAGAAUUCCCCCUGGGUGGGGAGGAAACAGCCGUUCGGAUGUGCGCGUGCGCGCGCCGCGCAGAGGCAGCUGGGAGUUGUAGUCCGGGUCGGGGGAGAGAGUUGGAAGGCUGUCCGUUGGGGGCAUCAAUCAACCCGCGCCCCGAGCCUUCAGUGUGCGGCUUCACGACCGACCGAGGAGAAGUGGUGGUGGUGGUGGUGGUGGUGGGGGAAGAGGGUAAUCGGCCGGUCGUGGUAGCGUUUUGACGAUCGUCCCGUGGCCGGCGGUCGGAAAGCGGGAGAAAGGAUGAAAGAGGCGUCGGUUGCCAUGGGAGCGGCGACAUGUUGAGAGGCUGACCGCGGGAUACAGAGAGAGUGAACCCUGUGGACCCGGGCUGAGGAGAAGCUGCUCUCCCAGCUUCACAUCCGUAACCACCGUGCCCACCGCCCCAACACACGCACACGCACACACACACACAGAGGGAGAAGAGACGGCGACACAGCGAUGGACGACUGCAACUUGAAGGAGUUGUCGCUCUCGGCCGGGAUGCUGGACCCUGCCUUCAACCCGUCCAUCCUCAACUACAGAGUGACACUGGGCAACGACACGGUCAAUCUGACCAUCUACCCGGUCACCAGCGACAACCACGCCACGUACCAAAUCAUUGGUACAGGUGGCAGUAAAACGGUCGGUCUCCAAGAUGGUCUAAAUAAAAUUGAGAUUGAAGUUGCUGCAGAAGAUGGAACUUUGAAGCGGUAUAAAAUAGAGGCAACCAAGCUCAGUGCAAACACCCCAGUACUAAGUGGACUGAAAAUAGCUGAAAACUUGACACUUGAUCCUCCAUUUUCUAUCAGUGAAUAUAAAUAUACAUGUACAGCACCACUAAAUAUGAUCAGUGUAAUCGUUGAACCAAUUGCCCCAGACCAUAAUAUGCAUGUGACUGUUAAUGGUUCAGAAGUCGGGAAUCAAACGUACCUAAAUGUAGGACAUACCAAAGUGGAGGUGAAUGUUACAUCAGCAGAUGGCACUAAUUCACAGAUAUAUCAGAUCGUUAUCUCCCGGGUACAGUUUCCGUGGUCUAUUACUUUCUCAGAUCUUAAUGAUGUCCAGGAAUAUGAGUGCCCAAUAUCCCUUAAGGCUUACUACCGACCUGUCUCUAUCAAAGGAAGUGAUCCCAAGCACAUAUUCUCAUCAUCGUUAAUUAAGUUCCUCACUCGAAAGACAAAGUGUAAUCCUUUCGAUGAUACUCCUUUUGAUGGACAGUGGUGUGUCCCAGAAUAUGAGGUGGACAAAAGAAUGUCAGCUGCUUCUGUUUACUGUUGCUUCAGAUAUAGAGAUGCAACAUGACUGAGGUCAAAAACUGAAUACAAGAAAUUGAAGUAGAUUAGACCUCGUCUGCUGACCUCAUAGCUGAUCUUCUACCUCAACUUCACUUUCCCACCAUAUCUCCAUUUCCGUUGGUCCUUGUAAUACCCAAGAAUCUUUCGAUCUACAACUUGAAAAUACCCCUCAACUCAACAUUUCUGGCCUUUGGUUCAUAACUUUUUGAAAGAAUUUCUACUCAUCUUUAUCCUAUAGUGUGUUCAAUCCUGAGAAUGUGAUCCUUAGUGAGUUUUGAUAAGAUUUGUAGCUCAGGUUGAGGUUCUAGAUGUAAGUUUG